GGGAAGUCCCGCCUUUGCACGCCUGCGGCGGCAAGAUGGCGGUGGCAGCGGAAGUGAAUAGAGCGGUAUUCCUGGCCGAGAUUUCUGACGAUCAGACCUGUCUACAAGCAGCUGGUAAGGCAGCUUUUCUACGCUAAAACUGAGGAGCUAAUUGGCACCAUGAAAGUCUUUUGUGGGCGGGCCAACCCAACCACGGGAUCUGUGGAGUGGCUGGAGGAGGAUGAGCAUUAUGAUUACCACCAGGAGAUCGCAAGGUCAUCCUAUGCUGAUAUGCUGCAUGACAAAGACAGGAAUAUGAAAUAUUACCAAGGUAUCCGGGCUGCUGUGAGCAGGGUGAAGGACAAAGGACAGAAGGCCUUGGUUCUUGACAUUGGCACUGGCACAGGACUCUUGUCAAUGAUGGCUGUCACGGCUGGUGCUGACUUCUGCUAUGCCAUUGAGGUUUUCAAACCUAUGGCUGAUGCUGCUGUGAAGAUUGUGGAGAAAAAUGGCUUCAGUGAUAAGAUUAAGAUUAUCAACAAGCAUUCCACUGAGGUGACCAUAGGGCCAGGUGGCGACAUGCCAUGCCGUGCCAACAUCCUGAUCACGGAGCUGUUUGACACGGAACUGAUUGGGGAGGGAGCACUGCCCUCCUAUGAACAUGCACACAGGCAUCUCGUGCAGGAAAAUUGUGAGGCAGUGCCUCACAGAGCAACCGUCUACGCUCAGCUGGUGGAGUCCAGGAGGAUGUGGUCAUGGAACAAGCUGUUUCCCGUCCGUGUUCAGACCAGCCUUGGAGAGCAAGUCAUUGUCCCCCCCUUGGAACUGGAGAGGUGUCCUGGCGCGCCCUCUGUCUACGACAUUCAGCUGAACCAGGUGUCUCCCACUGACUUCACUGUCCUCAGCGACGUGCUGCCUAUGUUCAGUGUGGACUUCAGCAAGCAAGUCAGUAGCUCAACAGCCUCCCAUAGCAGGCAGUUUGAACCUCUGGCAUCUGGCCAAGCUCAGGUGGUUCUCUCCUGGUGGGAUAUUGAAAUGGACCCUGAGGGGAAGAUCAAGUGCACCAUGGCCCCCUUCUGGGCACACUCGGAUCCAGAGGAGCUCCAGUGGCGGGACCACUGGAUGCAGUGUGUGUACUUCCUGCCAGAAGAGGAGCCCGUUGUCCAGGGCUCAGCCCUCUGCCUGGUAGCCCACCACGACGACUACUGUGUGUGGUACAGCCUCCAGAGGACCAGGUGUGCCCCGAGCCUCAUUGGCCCCGAAAAGGAUGGGAGAGCCCACCCAGCACGCCCUGUGUGUGACUGCCAGGCUCACCUGCUCUGGAACCGGCCUCGGUUUGGAGAGAUCAAUGAUCAGAACAGAACUGAUCAAUACGUCCAGGCCCUGAGGACGGUGCUUAAGCCGGACAGUGUCUGCCUGUGCGUCAGUGAUGGCAGUCUGCUCUCCAUACUGGCCCAUCACCUUGGGGCAGAGCAGGUAUUUACGAUAGAGAAUUCAGCAGCUUCUCAUAGACUGAUGAAAAAAAUCUUCAAGGCUAACCACUUGGAAGAUAAAAUUAAUAUAAUAGAGAAACGGCCUGAAUUAUUAACACCUGCAGACUUGGAGGGUAAAAAGGUUUCUCUCCUCCUGGGUGAGCCGUUCUUCACCACCAGCCUGCUUCCGUGGCACAACCUGUACUUCUGGUAUGUACGGACUGCUGUGGACAGGCACCUGGCGCCUGGUGCUGUGGUGAUGCCCCAGGCUGCCUCGCUGCACAUGAUGGUCGUGGAGUUCAGGGACCUGUGGAGGAUCCGGAGCCCCUGUGGUGACUGUGAGGGCUUCAAUGUGCACAUCAUGGAUGAUAUGAUUAAGCACGCCCUCGACUUCAGGGAGAGCAAGGAGGCCGAGCCCCACCCGCUGUGGGAGUACCCAUGCCGCAGCCUCUCUGAGCCCCAGCAGAUCCUGACCUUUGAUUUUCGGCAGCCAGUCCCCCCGCAGGCCAUCUGUGCUGAGGGUGCCAUCGAGCUGAGGAGGCCCGGGAGGAGCCACGGGGCCGUCCUAUGGAUGGAAUACCACCUGACCCCGGACAGCAUGGUCAGCACCGGCCUCCUGAAGCCUGCGGAGGACAAGGGGUACUGUUGCUGGAACCCCCACUGCAAGCAGGCCGUGUACUUCUUCAACACCACACUAGACCCCCGAGUGCCACCAGGUGGUCCCCAGACCGUUACCUACACCGUGGAGUUUCACCCCCACACUGGAGAUGUCACCAUGGAUUUCACACUCUCAGGACCCUACUCACACAGAAGGCACAGGAAGGCAAGGUGAGCCACGUUCUGCCCGCAAGGCAGACCAAACCCCUGCAUUUAAGAUCUGUCUUCCCUGUGAGCCCCAAAAGGGACUGGGAUGGACAGAGACCGCGCCCGAGCCUGAGUUCCUGACCGACCUGGACCACUUCAGAAUCUGCCUGGGAGUGUCCCAUGUCCACCGUCGGCUGGCAGCACUCACUUUCCCUUUCUGAACUAGAACGUUGGCACCACCCAGAGCCUGUGACCAAGUUGGGGACAGAACUGCCCAGCCCCUCUCCAGGAUGUUUUCUGCUCUGAGCUAAGAGUGUCCUGUUUUGGGGAACUUGAUCUUUGCAGUGAGCCUCAGGGACCCUCCUCUUCUGGAAGUCCCCAGGCCUCCCAUGACUCUUGUUUCAGGUCAGCAGGGGGCCAGGGGAGCCAGGAGAGCAACCAGACCCCAUCCCAGGACUGGACUGCUGUGUCGGUCUGUCCCUGAGUGGCUGUGCCGUCAAACCUCUGAGCCUCCAUUGUCCCCUCUAACACAAGAAUGAUGACUGUGGCCCCAGAACACUGGGUACCAGGUGUGUCAAGAAAGGAACAAGGUAGGAUGCGGCUGUCGCCCCAUUUCUCAGUGGAAGGAAACUGAUAGGGAUGCGUAUGUGUUGGUCAAGGAUCUACAGGGAGGGCAGGGCGCUCAGGUGGAAUGUUAACGCCCUGAGUCUGGGUCUUCUGACUCCUUGACUGCCAUCUGCUUCCUGCCAGGUUUCCUCCAGAGCCUGAAAAUUAGUGGGAAGGAGCCUUCAAGGAACACCCCAUCUCAGAGGGCAGAUGCAGGCCAAUGUUGGGAGUGAGAGGUGCAGCCACUGAGAGACACUACACAGGCCUGCCUGCCCGGCUAACGCCUGGACAAAUGGACAGGGCACCUGGACAGGCACAGCCAGCAAACAUGGGUUUCUGCAGGGCCUUUAUCAGCCUUGAGAUAAAUAACACUAAUGACAUGCAGAACAUCGUUAUAUCUCAGAAAUGUAAUCCAUUACUGUCCUUUGCCUUUGAUAAUUAAUU